AUGACUUGGUCUUUGCCCAGAGAUGGUUGCGCUGUAUAUGGUCCUUGUGGUGCGUACGGAUCCUGCGACUCUAGAGAUCUUCAAGUCUGUAGCUGCGUGGAAGGCUUCAAACCCACAGACAAUCGCGCCUGGCUCUCGCAAGAUUGGGCAUCCAGUGGCUGUAUUCGGCAGAGCCCGUUAAACUGCAGCACUGACGGAUUCAUCGACAUUGAUGUCACUUUGCCGAACGAUUCUGCUUCUUCAUACCCUGCAUCUACAAAGAAAGAUUGCCAGAAAGCCUGCUUCCACAACUGCUUAUGCACAGCGUUUAGUUUCAAUCCGCCUUCAGGGCCCUGCCAGAUAUCGUUUGGAGAUUUGCUAAACAUGCGCAACAUUACUUCAUCAAAAAGCAAUUCAAAUGUCUUCAUUCGGGUAGGUGCCUCUCAACUUUCUCCGAAACACAAAAACACGGGUACUGUAGGCAUAGUGCUUGGUAUUGUAGGUGCACUCACCGUUGCUCUGGGUGUCUCUUCAAUUUUAAUUUGGUGGAGGCAUCAGCUGCGGUCGAUGGACAGGCCUGCAGAUUCCUCCAACUCUUUUCUGAGAAUAUUUCCGUACAAAGAAUUGAAAUUUGCGACAAGGAAUUUUAGGUCUAAGUUGGGGAGCGGAGGCUUUGGCUCCGUGUUCAAAGGAUCUCUACCGGAUGGUACGCUUGUGGCCGUAAAAAAAAUGAAGGGGUCAAUACAAGAUGAGAAGUAA